UCUAAGAUAUAAGUAACAGAAAGGAUUAUUUUACCACGAAGAACAGAUUUCCUGGAUAAAAAAGUGUCCGUGAAUAGGUAUUUUGGUCGUUUUUGUAGACAGUAUCUAUUCGAGAUGAGAAAACUGCUGAUGUCUUGUAUGUCAGAUUUUUCAAACAGACUGAUGUAAGAGACAAUGAACCAUUCAUGUUUAGUGAAAAGGUUGUAGAAUAUGAAGAGUUGGUGAAGUUUUGAUUAUUUGCAUGGUAAGUGUUCUUGCUCAAUAUGGAGAAAGAGUCGAAGAAAGCAAAAUCUCAGGAAAGUGAAAGAAGGAAGCGUAAAAGAACUGCUUCAAAGAAAGAUGAAAAGAAAAGUAGAGGAAAGCAGAAAAAGAUAGAUGAAUCUUCAGAUACAUGUAUUUCCCAAGAAAACCAGCAAGAUAAAGAGGGUGCAUCACGACCAACAUCACCUGAAAAUUGUUCCAUAUGUCUGGGUGACUUACAAAACAAAUCAUUCACCGACAGUUGUUUUCAUAUGUUCUGCUUUGUUUGUUUGAAGGAAUGGUCUAAAGUAAAGGCUGAAUGUCCUCUCUGCAAGCAAAAGUUCAAGAAUAUCAUUUACAAUGUCAGUUCAUAUGAAAAGUUUGAUCGUUACAAUAUUGAAGAAGAGGCUAAUAAAAGUCGAUGGGAAAGAGAUGGAACAAGAUUUAGGUAUAGAACAACUUUGACCUUUGAACGUAGACUUACUAUAGGUCCAGAACAUAAUUAUACUCAACCAAUUGCCAGGCCAUCUAAUGUUACCACAAGAUCUCAUUGGAGAAGACAUCGAGAACCAGCAACAUCAGAAUUCCGUAGAAGAAUCUACACUAAUGGAAUGCAAGCAGAAGAGGUAACUGAUAGAAGACUUAGAGUAAGGGACACAACUCCUAAUUUUUACAGACAAAACCCUGCAACAAUGCAUAGAUUGGUUCCAUGGUUAAAUCGAGAACUUAAUUCUCUACUUCAAAAUCAGCCUGACCAUGUACAGCUUGUUAUAGAAAUUAUAAUGGGACUUAUUAAAUCUCACUCAAUUGACAGUGAAGAAUUUUACCAACAUGUGUAUCCAUAUGUUGGACGACAUACUCGCCACUUCAUGCAUGAGUUUUCAUGUUUUGCCAAAUCACCCUACAACAUGAUAGCCUAUGAUGCUCUAGUUGUUUACCAGCCAGGACCUGUUACAUUGGAUUCAGAUAGCAAUGAUUCAUCUGUUGACAUUGAUGAUGAAUAUUUAGAUGAAAUCAUUGAUAUUGAAGAUGAAAAUUCAAAUCCUAGAUCACCUCAGCUUGACAGAAGGGGAAACCAUCCUUUAAGCAGUGUGUCAAACUUGUCACCAUUGUUUAGGAGUGUCAGAGAUAUACUUGAGGCGGAAUCACCUGCUAGUUCAAUGACGCUUCCAUUAUCAGUGUCUGGUUGGGAUUCCCCAACACCAGGACCAUCAUGGUUGUCCUUGGCAGCCGAUCUGGAAUUGCCAAUAUCUAAUGCAACAGACAAUAUACCAGUUGAAGGAAAUAGGGCAUCUUCGCCGAUUGACAUAGCCUCUACUUCAGAUUCCGAUUCUGAUUCUACUCAGUCAGCUGAUAGUAAUGGUAGUGACAUUGUUUUCGUCAAAGUUGACAAACCAUGGGAAGAAAGAUCACCAAUUAUGUUGUCCUCCGAUAGUUCUGAUGUCGAAAGAAAUCUUUUCUUAGAUUUUGAGCAUAAACAUUAUAAUUUUAAAAAGAAAAAACUAAAGAAAGAGCAUAAAAAGCACAAGGAACAUAAAAAGGACAGUCAAGAAAAUUCUAAAGAUAGACAUAAACACAAAAAACGGAAGAAGCACCACUCUUCAGAUAAGUCUCAUAGACAUUCAUCCAAACACAGGGAUUCUUGUAGUUCAAGGUCAUCCUCGAAACAUGGGGAAAAUGAACAAUCAACAUCUAAAACUAAGAAUUCUGAAGUAAAUUUGGAUAAAAGUUCAGAGAUAAACAUGAAUACAGAAAAACAUCAUCAUAAAAAGCUUAAAAAACACAAAGAUGAGGAACAAAGACACAAAUCAAAAUCUAGCAAAAAAUUGAAAUCUGUUAUAGUUUUACCAACUGCAGGAAAUAAUGAAAUUCAAAAUGGCGUAUAUAGAUCUUCUUCUGAAAGCUUGUUCCCGUCAGAUUUUGCAAUGAUUAAUCACACUUCUACUUUAAGCUCUCAAUCUGUUUCACCAUACAAGAAACAUUCUUCUGGACACAAAAAGUCAAGCAAGUUAAUUGAUAUAGUACCAAAGCUGUUGGAUAAAUUGAACACAGAUUCUAGUAAAUCAGAGGUGCAGAAGAGUCUGCCAGCUUCAUCAGAUCAAAUGAUAACAUCGACUGUUACUUCAUGUAAACCCAAUAAUUUGUUUGUGCCAUUUCAUAUACAGACUAGUGAUCAAAAUGGCUUACAGAAAAGUAAACUUGAAGAGACAGAAACGGAAUCGAAGAGCGCAACAAAUAUUACGAGAGAAUCUGCUCCAUAUCACAUAGAAGACAGUAUUUUAAGUUUAGAAAACAGUAGACGUUGUUUGAAAUGUGGACUUCUGUACAUACCAGAACUUCUAGAUAAUUUUGACAUCUGUUUUACAUGUAAAAAGAAAAAAGUUUGUGAAACUGAAAGUAGGGGAUUUUCUAAUAGAUUCAGUGAGCUGUUUCAGGAUAACAUAUAUGCUUCAACCCCUAGAAGUACAAAUACAAUAAAAAAUGAAGGAAAUGACAAUCAGGAUAACACUGACACUAAAUCUUGUCAAGAAUCCAGUGAGAACAUUGUUAUUCAGGAAGGGACUGAAAGUAGCUUGCGUCCAGUGUUGAAUCAGGUAGAUUUGACUUCUAUUAAUGGGCCUCUGUUAGACAUUUCUGAAUCUGAAAGUGAUGAUUGCGAACUAAUUGUGACAAAAAGUGACUCGAACAUUCACAAAAAUGAUUUAGAAAAACCUCUUUGUAUAGACAUUACAAAACAAAUUCAUGAUGAAAAUUUGAAUCUGCAAUCCACAGGUAGAACAGCUGAUGCCACUAUGAAAUCCCUACUGCAGGACAACACUAUGAGUGAUCCGUCAAACAUUGUUUACAAUAAUCCAUCAAAGACUUCCCAGUCUGUUACCAUGGCAUCACAGAGUCCUUUAUCAUGGACUAUAAGUAAUUCACCAACCCCUUUCUCUGGUGAUUGGCCUGGAUACAUGGCACCAAGUUCUAGUUUACAUUCGUCACAGUCAACACUUCAACCAAUCUUCCCAUAUUCAAUACCUUCAAUUUAUUCAUUCCCAAAUGACAUUUAUGCUGGUCAUAGACAGCCAAUAUACUCAAAUAGUGAUUUUAUGUCUGGAUAUUCAUCAAGGAAUUGCAGUUCUUUUAUCGAUGAUUUACAUGCUGAUAACUGUUCUCAGAAAAAGCCUAUAUUUAUUGAUUUAGAUGAUCACAAGGAAACCAUCACAACUUCUGCUUUGCCUGUUUUUUCUUCUGAAAAAAUCUGCUUGUCAGAUUCUGAGGAUUCAACCAGUGCAGACAUAGAAAAUGUAUCUGCACGGACUAGUAUAGCAAAUAGCCAAAAUAUAACUUCAACCAAAAAUGUAUUAAUAUUGACUGAUUCAGCAGGUGAAGAUGUAAGUGAUGAUGAAACAGCAUAUGAAAUGGAUACUGACCAAGACAGCUGUGAUACAAACAACUCAUUGACAAAUAAAUCGGCAGCAAAUUAUGAGUGUAAUUCUCAGUCGGAAAAAUAUGAAUGUAGUGAAAACGUAAUUAAUGAUGUGGACAUGAUGUCUACCUCUGAAUGGCUGGAAGAUGCUUUAAAUAGGAAAGAAAAUCAAUCAAAUACAAACACUGAAGAAAAGAAGGAGGAUUAUAACAGCGAUAAAUUACAAGGAGAAAAAUUUGAUGAAGAAAACGAACUUUCAACUUCCGACUUGGAUUGUGAAAUGUCAACGCAGGUUUCAGAAGUCCCUACAGCUCUAAAUAAGAAACUUGAAGGUAUGACAAAGUUUUCCUCAUCAGUGCUGCAAGGAAUUGAAAAGGACAAUAGACUCACCUUUCACAAUAUAUUAUCUGAAGCAAAAUGUGGAAAUCCUAGUAAAGUCGACAAUAUGGAAAAGCAGGAGGAAAGUAAAUUAUUACAAUCUAACCAAUCAAAAUAUGAUUCAUCAGAGAGUAAUAUAGGCUCUUUACCAAACUGUCCAGAAUAUAACACUGAUAAUUUUUCCCAAAGUAAUUCUUUGUUUGUGCAGAAUUCAGAAUACCAGAUGGACAAUUUAGUAAGUAAUAUGAAUGGAAAUUUGAAUAGUAUAGAUGAAUUUGAGAUAGAUUCAUUAUGUGCUAAUAGUGCUUCUAUGAAUUCAAAGGAUAACUUUAACAAAUUCAUGAACGAAAGUAGCAGUAAAAGAGGUGUGAGGAGUCCUACUUCUGUUACUAUGGAAACAGAUCCUGUUGAAAAUAUUGAAAUGAAUUAUGAUUCUUCUAUGUCAAAACCAUUUUCUCUUCAGCUGUUUCCUUUUGAAGCAAUCUCGGGAAGUUAUGUGUCAGACAGUAUAACACAAGGGACAGCAGUUAUCUCCCCUGAGAUAAAUAACCAAUUAUCUUCUGCUGAUGGUGAACGAAGAUCAGACAAUGAUAAGAGUGAAGAAAAUGGACAAGAAAAUAUGGAUAACGAUGAUCAAUUAACAAUCGAUGAUGACCAUCAAGAUACCACAAAUGACACUGAAAAUUUGAUUGGUUCAAAUUUGACAGAAUUUUCUUCUGAAUCUGAUAGGGAAAAUGAUUUCACCAAUGGUUCUGAUGACAGUAGCAGUAGUAAAACAGUCAAAUUUAGAGUUGAUAUAUUACAUUCUGAAAGGGAUUUGUCUGAUAAUUUUGCCAAUAUAUUUGAAAGUAGUGAUAGUAAUUAAAUAUCAUUGUGUUAUCCAGCAAAUGUAUUGAUUCUAAAUAUCUCAAUUUCAAAUAAACAAAACUAUAGAAAAGUAAUAAUGAUAUUACUUAUGAUGGCAUGAAUUAUAGUUUUGUACUGUGUACAAUAUGUUGUUUAUUUUUUCCUUUUUUUGAUUGUACAAAUAAACAUAAUCAAAAUGAAGUACAGUGUCAUGAGUGUAAUAUUUUUCAAUCGUUAAAAUAUUAAUUUUAAUUUAUGCUAUGGAUUUUGAAAGCCAAUUUAAAAAAAAAUGAAAUUUUUUUUGCAGUAGUGUAUUUCACAUUAGUCAUUCAUUAUUAGGAAAAAAAUGGUAUAUACCGGUAUGUAACAUGCGUAAAUUGAGUUUUAAAAGUUAACAUUAAAAAAAAAAUGUCUGGUCAGAGUACAAAAUCAUGUUUUACUUUUCUUUAAAUUUCUUUUCUUUCUAUGUCUUUUGCUGUUUUUUUUCCAUAGAAGAAGGUAGUUUUCUAUUAUUUCUUCUCAUGUGCGAUAAAAAAAAGUCGAGAUUUAUCAAAAUUUUGAUAUUUUACUCAAUUUUCUGUUGUUUUUAAGGCCAUAACAAAUGCAUUCUACAUUCAAUUUUCAUGUUAAUUAUGAAUUAUGUUAAAGCUUUGUUAUUUCACAAUUAGCAAAAAUGAUUAGUCUCUAAUUAGUACAAAUGUAAACACACUUUGUUGUAAUUUGAAGAAAAAAAAAUAUGAUCAAGAGGAUUAUCUCUCUUUCCCAAUAAAAAUUCCAUAAAAAAUAUUUCUGUUUUUUUCCAGACAUGAACAAAACAAGCAUUAAAAACCAAAGUUACAUACCUAAAUAUAUUUUGUGUAUAACAUUUAGUGUAAGAGUUAUUAAUGGUAUAUAUAUUUUUUAUUUAAAAGGGCAUGUAAUGAACAGAAAUGUUAGAGAUAUAUUUUUAUCUAUUUUAAUUUGAUUUUAUUAUUUGCAAGUUUGUGUUUUUUUGUUAGAUUAUUUGAUGGAAGUUAGUUAGCAUGUGUUAAACAGAUUGCAUUAAUUGUACUUACACAAUGUAUAUACAUAUUUGAAUAUACAAAUGUUUCAAUUUUUUAUUACUCGCUUCCAACAGUAAUUUUUAAAAGCAAGAAUUUCAAUUUUAAUUUGAUAACAAGUUUUUAUCCUUUCUUCGAUUGAUUCGGUUACUGCAACAAGGAACAGUCACUAGAUAUUAAUUCUAUUUCCAUAUCAGAACAAUUUAUUAUUUCAAACUUUUAAAAUAUCCGGAGUAAGAUCUAUGGUAUUAUUUGAUAUAUGCAGUGCUUUUCUUAAGAUACAAAAUGAAGAGUUUUUUUUACAAGUCAGUUAAAGGGGAUUUCCCACUUAUUUAAUUAAUGCAUUUAGCUCUUUAUUGAAGACAAAAAGCAAAACAUGAAUGGAAGGAAGGGAAAUAACUCUUAUUAGAUAUGUUAGAUUAUAAUCAGAUUUAUAUGAAUACAGAAAUGACUUUAAGAAAAUAGUUAUUCUUAUUUGUUAAUUUUAAAUGAAGUUGAAUAUAUUUUAUGUAAGUAUUAUUCGGGGUACUACAAAUUUAUUAGACUUCAUUAACAUGAAUUUAGCUCAUAAAUGAAGUUAGUAAGAAUUACAGAGUUCUGUAUUGUAACAUGUUAUUUUCCUAUAAACGUUUAUUUAUAUAUAUCUAUAUUUUUCUACUGUACAUUUUUUCACCCUUUUAAAUCCAAAAAUAGGAAAGAUUGUUUUACCUCUUCUAAGUAAAAAAAAUUUUGGACAUAUUGAACAUCAUUUUUCUGUAGCACUUUAAAAUACAUUUAUAAUAAACGAUUGCUUUAAAUAAUGAUUUGGUCACUCUGUUUCUGAUAAGGCUUGAUUAACCAUUUCUUACAUUAUACAUGAACUAGUUCAGCAUUUUACAACAGUUUGAGUUUUUUGUCUGCAUACUCAUUCCUGUCCCUACAUUACUUAAUCAGUAAUAUUUUUUAUCUUCCAAAAUGGUGCUUUUUCUGUACUAUUCAAUGGAAGGAAUUCAAAAAAGGGCAUUUUCGUUAUCAAUGAAAACAAUCAGAUUGUACAACAAAUGAACUUAAUCACUGAAAUAAACUUUAUAUAUAACUGUGAAUUGCUUAAGAGCCAAAAUAUUUUGUUUAAUUCAGUUCAUAUUAUUAUUUGUAAGAUAGAUCAUAUUUAUUGAUUAAUGUAAUUUGUCAUUUACCUUUA